ACUUCCUUUGGCUCGAGUGGCUCAACGGACCGUGCAAGUGGCUCUCGGCCGGGCCGCAGGAUGAAGGAGGGGAAGAGCGAACGGGAGCGAAGCGGCCGACGGCGACACCGGACGGACGACGCGCUGGCGACCGUAGUGGUGAAACAGGAGCGUCUGAGCCCCGAACCUGUCGCGCACCGCCGACCCGACGCCCCAGCCGCUAACCCGUCCCCGCCCGCCGCUGAGCCAGGCCGCGGCGGCCACCGCGGGAGUCGAUGCCGGGGAGCGAGCCGGUCCCCAGCCAAAAAGAAAAACAAGUCCUCAAGGAGGAGCUCUGGUGAGAGGCCUGUCAGUGGGCAGGGUCUGGACCGAGACAGCCAGAUUCUGCAGGCCCAGGAAGAAGAGAGGGACUUUCAUAAUGCCAGGCGCCGGGAGCAUCGCCAGCAGAAUGAAGGUGCUGGCAAUGAGGCUCAGGAGGUGAUCCCUCGCCCUGCCGGUAACAGGAGCAAAGAGGUGCCUGUUAAAGAAAAACCAAGCUUUGAACUUUCUGGGGCACUUCUUGAGGACACCAAUACCUUCCGGGGUGUGGUUAUUAAGUACAGUGAGCCCCCAGAAGCCCGGAUCCCCAAAAAACGGUGGCGUCUCUACCCCUUUAAAAAUGAUGAGGUACUUCCAGUCAUGUACAUCCAUCGGCAGAGUGCUUACCUUCUGGGUAGACAUCGCCGCAUCGCCGACAUUCCCAUCGACCAUCCCUCUUGCUCCAAGCAGCAUGCAGUCUUCCAGUACCGGCUUGUGGAGUACACGCGUGCUGAUGGCACAGUUGGUCGGAGGGUGAAACCCUACAUCAUUGACCUCGGCUCAGGCAAUGGAACCUUCUUGAACAACAAGCGUAUUGAGCCACAGAGAUACUACGAACUGAAAGAAAAAGAUGUCCUUAAAUUUGGGUUCAGUAGCAGAGAAUAUGUCUUGCUCCAUGAGUCUUCAGACACCUCUGAACUAGACAGGAAGGAAGAUGAGGAUGAUGAGGAGGAGGAAAUGGUGUCUGACAGCUAGCAACUGAGAAGCACCCCCACUAUUAGAAACUGUUCCUGCUGGAGGCCGUGGGCUUGACUCUCCAGCGCCUCUUCUUGCCUUAAGUCUUUCCUCUGUUGCUGCCCAGCUUGUGUUGCAGUAUGAGAACUCUCACUUCGUAUUUUGUUGAACUUGACACAGCAGCUGCCUGCCUGUGGGCACUUGUUUUCAGAACAGUCUCACCAAUUACAGCAUGUCGAGUUUUGGUCAAAGUGUGUGGCUGUAGUGGGUGCCUUCCGAACUGCUGCACAGGAAACUAAGCCCUUGGAUGGGA